AUGGUCGUGUUACACAGAAGCAGGAUGCAAACAUACCUUUUCGUCGCAUAUGCACCAGAACGCUAUCUUUUACUGUUGCCUAAUUUGCCGGACAUGCCAGGCGCUUCUCUUCAAUCAAGUGAGACGAGAGGUCUCCUUGAUGUCGUUGACAAUCUUCGAUCCCAAGGAAUUAGCCGCUACAUUGACUUGCCCGAAAUCAUUGUCUGCGGAGAACAGUCCUCAGGCAAAAGUUCAGUCCUGGAGGCGAUAUCUGGCGUGACCUUUCCGAGCAAAGACAACCUCUGUACUAGAUUCGCCACUGAACUGGUGCUUCGAAAGGGUGAGGCCACCGAUGUGAAGAUCCGCAUCGUUCCAGGAUCUACCGAGGAGAGAUCAGAGUCCGAGAAGGAGAGACUCCUUCAGUACAAUGUCUCCAGCAAGCUCAACGAUCUCAAUCUCGAAGAGAUUAUCGAGUCGGCAAAAGAGCUCAUGGGCAUCAACGAUUCUGGGAAGGUCUUCAGUUCGGACAUACUGAGGCUGGAGGUUUCCGGCCCUGAUCAGCCUCACCUUACUCUCGUCGACCUUCCUGGUUUGUUCCAAGCUGGGAGCAGAUCGCAGACAGAUGCAGAUAGUGACAGCGUGAAAUCGCUGGUGCUGUCAUAUAUGCAACGCCCGAGAAGCAUCAUUCUUGCCGUCGUAUCGGCAAAGAACGACUUCAAUAACCAAUCGAUCACCCGAUAUGCGCGAGAGAUCGACCCAAAAGGCAUGCGCACACUUGGUCUCAUCACCAAGCCUGAUACCCUUGACGAAGGAUCCGACAGUGAGCGAUUCUACAUCGAAUUGGCCCAGAACAAGGAGGUCAACUUCAGACUUGGUUGGCACGUCCUUCGUAACAGAGACUACAACACAAGAAACUGUUCCCUACAGGAGAGGAAUAGACUCGAAGAGCAAUUCUUCUCCAAGGGCGUUUGGGCAACCCUUCUCUCCACGCAAGUUGGUGUACACAGCCUGAAACCGAGGCUCAGCAAGAUCCUCAAGGAGCAGAUUGUUGCACAGUUACCUGCCGUUAUUGCUCAAAUCCAAGAUGGCCUUCAAGACUGCUCUCGAAGAUUGGAGAUACUUGGCGAAUCAAGGAGCAGCAUUGCCGAACAAAGACGAUAUCUCCUCCGGGUUAGUCAACAAUUCACCAACUUGAUCAAGGAUGCCUGCGAUGGCCGAUAUUCGAAUUCGUUCUUCGGAGAUGCAGCCACAGAAGAGGGCCAUCAGAGGCGCUUGAGAGCUGCCAUACAGAACACCUUGAUGGACUACGCAGAAAAGAUGCGAACCCGGGGAAGUACAUAUGUGAUCGUUGACGACGACCAAGAGGAAAGGGAAAGAAUGAUCUCGAGAAAGGACUAUGUUGCAAAGGUCAACAAACUUCUCCAACGAAGUAGAGGUCGCGAGCUUCCAGGAACCUUUGAUCCUCUCGUCAUCGGCGAAUUGUUCCGCGAACAGCGGCAGUCCUGGGAGGAAUUGACAACAUUCUACGUCGACAAAGUAAUCCAGAGCGUUCACAAUGUGAUUCGUGCGGUUCUGCUGCAUGUCUCAGAUAUGUCUACUAUGAAUGGAUUACUGGAGUACUUCAUCUUCCCACGGCUAGAGGAACUCAUUGCGGAUCUGAAAGAGAAGGUUGGCGAGGUCUUGAGGCCGUAUGACGUCGGGCAUCCGAUUACAUACAACCACUAUCUAACAGAAAAUGUCCAGAAGGCACAACAUGGACGCCGCACUAAGGAGAUCAAAAGAUCACUGCAGGAAUUCCUUGGGGCUCACCCCACUGACGAAGGGGACGUUACAGCCAACCUGAAUAUCGCAAACUUGACCCAACUCAUGGUAUCCAAGACAGAAGCAGAUAUGAACAAUUAUGCUAGUUCGACAGCAACGGAUUUCAUGGAAGCUUACUAUAAGGUUGCACUGAAAAAGGCUGUCGAUAAUAUCAGCAUUCUUGCCAUCGAGGCGCGCCUCAUCGAAAAAUUGCCGACUCUACUCAAUCCUGAGACCGUACUUGAGAUAGGUGAUGAAACUGUGGUUGGGCUAGCUGCCGAAGAUGAGGAGUCCAUGACGGAGAGAAGGCGCUGCGUCGAAAAGAAGGGGAUUUUGGAAGAAGGACUGAAGAUGCUGAAGAGCCAGCAACAUCAUUUCGUGAAUUAUGAACGAACGAUACCCAGUAAAGCACCUUGUGUUUCCAAUGGAAACCCUUCAGAAAGUCCCCCUGAAGAGCUGCCCGUGGAUGUUCCUAUGGAAGAGCCGGCGGAGCCUGACUAUGAGGGCGGUCCACUCGCCGAGGUGGAUGAGGCACCCGACGAGGAGAAGGAUCCGCCCGCCGUGGACAACUGGCUCCACUUCCAAAAUGUGCCGAGUGCCGAGCCUAUUCACCGAUCUAAGAAAUCCAAGAAGGGACGAUGA